UUUUGCGACAGCGACUGGUGCUUUUGGCCACUUCAUUGAUGAUUCUUGUCAUUUUUUUUGUUAGGCCUGGGCCCUCGAGGUUUAGCUCAUCGUAAUGUUGGCUGUAUCAACACCAUAUUGGACGCCAUAUUUUAAUGAUAGUUGAGGCGAUUCAGUCAUUAGAAGUAUUGGACUUGAAGAUUGUCGACGCAUAAUUCGUUGGAGAUGAUGAAUAUCAUACCCAGUGGCCAAUGCCGAAUCAGGCAUAGACGCACGUUAAAAGAAAGCUAAAUUAUCACCUGGCAGCCGAACAAGUAAAUUAUACUGAGAAGGAGCAUGCUGAUGGAUGUUGACCCUGCCGAACCCGAUCGGUCGGGAAGUGGUCGAAUUCUAGGUGCGUCAAUAACUGCGACACCACUGGCAGCUGCAGGAGCAGGCGAACGGAUGAAGAAAACAAUUUCGACAGAUGACCUCCACGAAGUAGACCAGGAGGUACAACUAAAAACAUCAUCUUCAUCACAAGACCCGCAACAAGUGCCUGUAGAACCCCUGCCGCGAUGGGUGUUGCUUCUCCUGGGCAUCAGCGGGAUGAUCGGGUACAACGUAACCGCGAUGUGCAUUCCCACAAUGUCCGACGAGACUUUUCAGAAGCAAACGCAGUGGGGCGACCUGGUGUCCCUCUUUCGCGCGGUGGGCAACGUGAUCGGCGCUGGCUGGACGUUUUUCUGCACCCGCAAGGAGUUGCCGCUGCUGCUCAACUGGCACAUCGCCACGACCGUGCAGGCGGGGUGCUACUUGGUGCUGGCGGUCCUCGUUGCCUACGCGAAUGUAUUGCCGAGGCUGGCGGGGCUAGUAGUAGGGGAUCAUGAUGAGCAAGGUACUAUCGCUGGUGCCUCCACGACGUCAACAAAAUCUUCGACUAUCCGAACGAUUGACCUCAUCGCCGGGUCGGGUUUCGCGCUGAUCCUGAUCGCCGGCAUUGGUUCUGCGGUGCUGAACGCGACCAUGAUCGGGUUCGUGUCCCGUCUGAAGGAUCCGAUGGGCUGCUACUGUUUCAGCGUCGGGCAGGGCCUGGCGUCGCUCGCGAUCGCGAUCCUGGGCUUCAUGGUGCAAAGCAUCACCAACCCGUGGGCGCCAGUCGGGUGCUUCGCCUUCGUCGCGGUUUUUCUCUUCGCGGGGUUUGCGCUGGGCCUCAGCUUUUUCCUCCGCAACAGAGUCCUGCAGGAAUAUUUUGACGGCAGCAGGAGGUGGCUCUGUGGACGACGACGAAAGCGGGGGGACACUACCUGUAGUAGAAGUACUGGGAAAAGCAAGAUAAGUGGCACUUCUGGUCGUGUUUUUGAAAUCACAUUGACGAGGGACGAAUCAGAAACUGCUGCUCCUCUGAGCAGUUCUCCGAGAGCUAUGAAAAACCGUGAAGGUGGUGACCCAUCAACUAAACUACACUUCUCUCCUGAAGUUGACAUCGCCAGCGACGGUGAUCAAGAGCCGGAAUUUCUUUUGGACAAAAACUACACACUACGAUCUCGGUCCAGAUCGGAGUCAGGGUGCGCAGACCACACGGAGGUGCCCCCUCUAUAUGAAAAUAAAACAACUUCUGCAGGCCAGCUUCUUGACGGUGGCGCGGAGGGGACGACAAUAACGGAUCGGGAAAAAGCAACGCUUCUUGAAAAACCAGCACUUCUCAGAAAAGAUGACGAGAUGAGUGCCACUAGCUUCCAUCAAAAUUAUGAUACUCUUAAGAAUACCGCUGACGGAACAACAAGAUCGGUUGUAGCGAACAAGCCCGAGGACACCACGCUGGAGACAACAGAAGCAGCCUCACUUGAAGAUCAGCCGCGUCGCUCGAUUUGGGCGAUUUUUUGCGACGCGAGUUUGCUGAUUUUCGCGAAAUUUUUCAACAUGAUGGUGCUCAUGAUGGUGUUUCCUGUGUUGUGCAGUCAAACACUGCCACAGCUUCCGUCGGAUCUGCUUUUCGGGUCGCAAACAGCAUCUUCAAAUGGAACCAACGCACUACAACCACAGCCUGCAACAGCCCUGACGCCGGAGCAGCAACAGCAGAAGCAGGACCUGAUCCUGUCGUUCAAAACGCGGUUGAUCGUUACUGUAGCCCUCGCCGACGUGACCGGCCGCGCACUGUGCAGCGUGAUUGCCAAGGGCUGUGAGUAUUGCUUCUGCUGUCACGACCGAAAGAAGCGCAGGGAUGAAGAUGCUGGUGGGAAUGAGGAAGCAAUUAUAGACGCACCAAAAUGCAACAGCGACGAGCAGGAGGUGGACCCGCUUCUAGUACACCGACCUCCAAAUUUUGAUUUGGAGGCGCAGCAAACUCGAGGUGGCAUGAGGUCCUCGCUCGACAAGCAGCAGCAGAGGCUUAUUUUGCAAGACGACAGAGCCGGCUCAGAAGAUGCACCAGAUCUCGAGCUGGGCCCAGAGGUCGUUGCAGACAUGGAAAUACAGGAUCAAGACACCGCAAAUAUUGAAGAUAAACCACCUUCAGCCCCCUCCUCGUCCAGCACCCGCCCGUCUCUCUUCUACCAGCUAGUUCUGCUUUCCGCUGCGUUGCUCCGCGGCAUCGGGUUCAUCCCUCUACUAUUGCACGUUCGAAACACGAGUCGGGCGCAGCUCGAGCAGCAGGAGGCUCCCGCCCCGGAAGUACUACAACUGAAUAGCAACGACCCCGUAAGCACAACUACUUCAGAUCUAGACCACAAUAUUUUCAAUCAGGACUGGUUCAAAUUCGCCGCCUUCGCCUGUUUCGCUGUCGUCGGCGGGGCCCUGACGUCGCUUACCAUGAUGAACAUCGGGAAGACGGUGGACCGGGGGAGCGAGAAGCAGCUGGUCGGUGCCAUGUUUUCCGGCGCGGUGGUGCUCGGAAUUACGACGGGACAGGUUUUCACCCGGUUCCCGCCGUUUCGGCUGUAGUGCUGGGAAGUAGAUGCUGAUGUCCUCCUCGUGCAGCUGGGGGGAGAAUGUUCUCGGGUAGCACGAACAUGAACAUGAACUGGCUCAUCAAUCUGGACGAGGAUGAACAAACCGAAAUUCUUAAUCUGGUGAUUCUGACCGCUUUGGCAGAGCCACAAGCGAUAAACACCAAUUUUCAAGCAGCAAAGAGUGCUGCAACUCAGUACAGUCGUGCUACCUAGUUACUAGUAGUAGUGUAGAGUAGUUUAAGAAGUUGUUAACUUCUCCUGAACAUGGUGUCGUCAAUUCGACUCGACGAAGUGUAAGUAAUUGAGAAGAUGAAGGCGAACAAGAAAUUGGAAUUGCACAUGCCCUCCGUAGUUGUGCCAGCUCUCUUGUUAUCCUUGCGCAUAGAUCACGCUUGAUGUUGGCUAUGACCACUCCGAUCGCAAAAAUCCUCUUGUCACCCGCCCGAUGCAAGGGCCACGAGAAAUCUUACCCUAAGACACACAUUGGUAGUCCCACCCCAAGUGCAUGUGGUGCGCUCUAUGAUGAAGAAAACAAAUACAAAACUACAUAGAGUAGUUGAGCGACAUUCAUUCCAAUGAAGACGACCCCCUAGCCCUACUUACCCCGCAAGCACCGCAUUCAACGGUGAUCGAGAUAUCUUAAUCUUCGACCAAAGAAGAAUACAUGAUGGCCUGACCACACCAUCUCGUUUGUGACCGCAUUGAAAACGCGC